AUGCCCUCGAACAUCCCUCCGUCGUCUCUCGGGAUACCAGCUGUCGCGUCUGAUUCCAAAGAUGAAACAGCACAACCACAACAGCCCAAGUACAUUGUGUCCGGUUCUGGCCAUGCAGCCCACCCUGACGACAUCAUCGCGUCCUGUCGCGCACUCCAAACACACGUGUCCAAGCUGCAAGAAGAUGCGGAAAGAGACCUGCGAGAGUUCGAGGACAAGAUUAAAGAACGAGAGUUGGCAGAAAAGAGACGCGUUGCGCCUGGAUGGCUCGACAGCGAGUCGCGGUUACUGGAGCCUGAAAAAGCGACCGGCGAGCAGCCUGACCUCAUGGACACCGAGUCGGCGGAGCAGAAGGCAGCCGUCUCCGGAGCGCCCGCUGUGGCCGACGAAGGCGCGGAAUUAGACAGGGCGUUCGGGGGCAUGAGUAUGAAAUGA